CCGUUCGGAACUCAAUCCCGAUACGGUUCCCCCUUUUUCGUUUUAUUCGAGUUUGAUAUUGGUUUUUUAUUCAAAGAAGAUGGUUAAGUAAUUAUAUGAUCUAUUUGUGUUGUGUUUUGUAUUGUGACAGUUUGUAGUGAGGAGAUUCAAGGACAAAUGGUGGUUGAAGCCUUCAAAUGUUUUGACAAUAAGUUUAUAUACAAUGGGUGUGAAAGUGCUUAUAGAUUGAACCCAAGUGGGAGUUUCAAUGUCCCUCCUGAGGCUACUAACCUAUUUUGCAAUGGACCAUGUUUGGUCGAAACACAACUUGUGCUCAACUGCCUUGACGAUAUUUUUCAAAACUUCUUCUUCUUCAACAAAGCCACGACGCAAAGCUUUCGAAAUGCCCUCCAUGUCGGCUGCAGCUUCUCGAGCCAGAGAGGGAACUUCAAUCAAGGAUUGUUCAUGCAAGGUGAAAUUAGUAAAGCUCACAUCCUCCAAAAAUGGUUCAUCUAUUGUAUUAUUUUUCUUGUUGGGUGUUGUAUUUUUAUCUUAUAAACAUCAACCAAACAUUUCUG